AUGACAGAGAGACUAAAUGAACACCUCAAUCAAUGUGCCAGAAACCUGAACGAUGGAAAGCUCCUUGCAAAGUUAAGUGGCGGAGACGUUGUUGCCCUAGAGGUUAAGUACCACCUUCGAUGCCUCCAAAAAUUGUACAAUGCUGAAAGAGCGUACCUCGAUUCCCUAGAGAAAGCAGAGAGUCGUGAUCCAGGGAAGGAUUUAUACCCAGUGGCCUUUUCAGAACUAGUUAUCUACAUCAUGGAUAGCAAAGUCACCAACACGGAAGCAGCACCGGUUGUAUUUCGGCUUGCUGACCUAGUCUCACCCUACAAGCUUCACUUGGAACAGCUUGGGGUUGAUUCCCCGAAUGUCCACUCUACUAGGUUGAAGGAGCAGCUACUUGCUCGGAUUCCAGAACCUGAAGCCCAUAAGAAGGGACGUGAUGUACUCCUUGCCUUCAAAGCGGACAUAGGACCAGUGCUCCAUGAAGCUAGCCAGUAUAGCAAUGCUCUCCAUCUAUCUAAGGCAGCAGCUAUCCUGAGAAAAGAAAUGCUCCAGCAUAAGACAAAAUUCAGCAGCGAGCUCAAAGAUGGCUUUGGUGAGGAGGCUAUCCCACCUGCACUUCUUCAGUUCGUGUGCAGCAUUGAACAUGGUGUUGAUUAUAAAAUCACAUCUGACGCACGGAAUAGCGAAGUGUACGCCAAGACACGAAAAAGAGAGUUGAUUGACAAAUUCCAUGAGCAUGGAGUAAGCAUAACGUAUUCCAGGGUAUUAGAGAUAUCCAGCAAGCUUGGUGAGACUGUGAUAAAACAGUAUGUCGAAGAAGAUGUUGUGUGCUCACCAGUGCUGCGAAAAGGGCUGUUCACUACGGCUGCUGUCGACAGCAUUGAUCACAAUCCCAUGGCCACCACAGCUAGCACAUCAUUCCAUGGUACAAGUAUUUCCGUGUUCCAGCACCCAAGUAAGGUAAACAGAGGAGAACAGCGGGUUUCACCGGAAAUAACAGACAGUAGGACAAGAAAGGUUCCUGAGCUUCCAGAGCAUUAUACAAACAUUGUGCCAGCGUACUUCAAGAAGAACCCAACCCCAGCCUCAGUAGAUGAAGUAUCACUGCCUGACCCCAGUCUCUUCCAAAGGAACAUAAGAGUCAAAUACGAAUGGUUGGAAAAAGUUCAAGGUACCACCGAUGUAGAUGAUGAAUCCAAUAUAACAUGGUCAGCUCAUCAUGCAAGCCAGAAAUGGACUAGCGAAUGUGAAACCAGCAUCACUUCCUUGCUACUUCUUCUCUGA